UGCUACGUAAGGGCUGGAUGCUUCCAUUCUGCGUUAAAAUGCCUGUUUCCUUUUGUGUAACAUCCAGUGACUCUGACCCACUAACCAUGUCUUUCAGCCUCGGGCCACACUUCUGAGGUAACUGCUUCUGAUGGCUGGCAACAAAGGGAGGGGCCGCGCUGCCUACACCUUCAAUAUUGAAGCCGUUGGGUUCGGCAGAGGGGAGAAGUUACCUGAUGUUGUACUGCAGCCGCCACCGCUGUUUCCCGAUAUAGAUUACAAGCCAGUGCCCCUGAAGAUGGGAGAAGAUGAGGAGUACAUGCUGGCCUUGAAGCAGGAGUUGAGAGAAACAGUGAAAAGAAUGCCUUAUUUUAUUGAACCCCCUGAAGAAAAACAAGAUGAUAUUGAAAGGUAUAGUAGAAGAUACAUGAAGAUAUACAAAGAAGCGUGGGUACCAGAUUGGAGAAGACUUCCGAGAGAGAUGAUGCCAAGGAAAAAAUGCAAAAAAGCCGAUCCAAGAUCCAAAGCGGCCAAAGCUGCAGACAGAGGUUCUUCGCUCACUAAUUCUGCAGAUGUGCUGAAAAAGAUUGAGGAAUUGGAAAAGCGAGGCGACGGUGAGAAGUCAGAUGAAGAAAAUGAAGAGAAGGAAGGGAGCAAAGAGAAAAAUAAAGAUGAUGACGACGACGACGAAGACGCAGAGCAGGAGGAGUAUGAUGAAGAGGAGCAAGAGGAGGAAAAUGACUACAUUAACUCCUACUUUGAAGAUGGAGACGAUUUUGGUGCAGACAGUGACGACAACAUGGAUGAAGCAACCUACUAGGCCAUGGAAUUUCUCAACUGUUUUAUGGGUACAGCUUUGAGCGUUUGGUUAGACUUUAUUUCUGACAAGGCCUAAGUCCAUAUUUUCUGUUCGCUGUUUCGUGUGACAAAUUCGUAUCAGACUCUCUCGGAACCACUUUGCGUUCACACAGGCGACCUCGCCCCAGCACCUCU